AAAGUUCACUUUCGGACGUCGAUUUAAUUCCGCACAGUUUAAAUAAUUAGUUAUCAUCUGAACUACGAUUAGUAUGUUAAUAAUUGUGCGGCCCGUGAAAUGGUGGCAAAAACAAUUUUUGUCUUUGGAAUCUUGGUGUUGGGUUUAGCAUGCGCUUUGGCAGAAGAUUGCAAAACGCCAGACCAAAAAUUGGGCACGUGCAUCAGAAUUAAAAAAUGCCCAAGUUUAUUGAACCUACUGAAGUACCAUCAUACAAACACGACAGUCGUGAGAUUUCUCAGAAGUUCCCUGUGUGAUUACGAAGGAAGCAUACCCAAGGUGUGUUGCCCGGACACCAUCUUGAAUGAAAAAGCUCGUUUAUCACCGCUUGGUACCACCACAUUUCCGCAACCACCACAAUGCGGAAUUUCCACAAUGUCCACGCCGAGAGUUGUCGGUGGAAUACCUGCGAAAUUGGGGGACUAUCCCUUCAUGGUGGCUGUGGGUUAUCAGAAUCGGGAAGAUCCUAAUGUUCCCAGUUUUAGAUGCGGUGGUACUUUAAUAACUAACAGACAUGUGUUAACUGCCGCCCAUUGUAUCGCAAAGUUAAGACCGUAUAUUGCACGUGUUGGUGAUUUGGACCUAAAAAACGACACCGAUGGGGCUUUACACGAAGACAUCCCCAUCAUCAAUAUGAUAAAACAUGAAAAUUACAACAUGAGUACUAAAAUUAAUGAUAUUGCUAUUUUGAAGUUGGCCAGAGAGCCCCAACAUCCCCACACCAUUUGCCUUCCCACGAGCGACGAACUCAGAACAAAUUCAUUCUUGACGUACAACUUAUUCGUGGCCGGAUGGGGCAAAACCGCCCUAGACGGCGCUCCGAGUUCAAUUUUGCAACACGCAAGACUGCCAGUGUUGGAUAAUGAAAGAUGCAACAAAGAAUUUGGCCGUGUUAGCGUAAUUAAUGAAAAUGUUAUGUGUGCCGGAUACGAUGCGGGUGGAAGAGACGCCUGUCAUGGUGAUUCGGGAGGGCCGUUGAUGUACGCCACCACCAACGGUUCCAAAGUGAUUCUCUAUCAAAUUGGAAUAGUAUCCUUUGGCAGGAAGUGUGCGUUAGCUGGUGUUCCGGCGGUGUAUACUAGAGUCUCACAGUAUUUGGAUUGGAUUCAGAAUAACUUAAAUGGGGUACCAUGCGAGACGCCGAACCAAACGUACGGCACCUGCAUCAACAUAAAAAAAUGCAAAAACCUGCUCAACCUCCUGCUGAACCAAAGCAACGACCCCGCGGUGGUGAAGUACCUGAGGAGUUCCACGUGCGGCUUCGACGGGAGCACGCCGAUGGUGUGUUGCCCGCAAGCCACCCCCAGAGGCACGAGCGACGACACGAUAGGGAACGCCGGAACGGAGGCGACCACGCUGCCGCCGCUUAACACCACCAAGUUUCUGGAGGUGCCGCAGUGCGGGGCAUCGGCCAUAGGCGUGCCGAGGGUUGUCGGGGGAAUACCGGCGAAAUUGGGGGAGUAUCCCUUCCUCGUAGCUCUGGGCUACAGGAACCAGGAAAAUCCCAACCUCCCGAAAUAUCUAUGCGGUGCCACCUUAAUAAGCAACAGACACGUGCUAACCGCAGGCCAUUGUGUGUACCGCAGAAGCGACUUGUACUUGGCACGUGUCGGCGACUUAGAUCUGUACGACGACAACGACGGGGCCUUCCCCGAGAACAUCCCGCUGAUUCAAGCCAAAAUACACGAGAAUUACAGCGCCACCACUUUCACCAACGACAUUGCCAUUUUAACGUUGGCCAGGUCGCCGCAAAAUCCUCGUCCAAUUUGUCUGCCCACCAGCGAGAAACUUAGAUCCAAUACGUUCCUGAAUUACAACUUGUACGUGGCCGGCUGGGGAGCCACCGCUUAUCGUGGACCGUCCAGUUCCAUUUUGCAACAGAUAACACUGCCGGUGUUGCAAAACGACAGAUGUAAAAACGUAUUCGGAUCUGUUGCAAUAAUUGAUGACAGGAUAAUGUGUGCAGGAUUCGAUGCUGGUGGUAAAGACGCCUGCCAAGGAGAUUCGGGAGGACCAUUGAUGUAUGGUAUCAUCCAAGGUCCCAGAGUGUAUUUCUAUCAAGUUGGAGUGGUGUCGUACGGUAGGAGGUGUGCGGAAGCUGGUGUUCCAGGAGUGUAUACUAGAGUUACAAAGUUUAUGGAUUGGAUUGAGAAGAAUUUGAACUAAAAUUGGAAUGAACAUGCAAAUUAUUAUAAUUAAGUUAAUAUUUAUUGUAGAGAUAUAUAUAAAUUGCUGAGGAGUUGUUUAAUUCCUUGACCUUUGACUGAUGUGUGCAUUUUAUAAAUAUUAGUAGAAGUAGAAUUAGUAAACGUGGAAUUUUUUAUUUCUAAAUAAAAUAAUAUUAAUUU